CGUUUUCCAAUGUCUAUAGACGGUGGCUUUGUCUAUAGACGGUGGCUUUUAAAGGUGGAUCCUAAAGUGCUCAGAGAAUGAAACCAUUUGUUGAAUUGCUUAUUUUUCUAGUGAUAACAAUUGUAAAUUCAUAUUCAGACAACACUCGAGAUUUACGUGAGUCUACAUCGUACAAUAUUACUGCAAAUACGAAGCUGUCCGGAGCUGGCGAAACUUUUCCCUUGAAACAUUAUGUAUCAACUUCUAGCAAAACACGAGAACAUUUUGCAUUUGCAAAACACCUUGUGGUCAAAAGGGACACUUUCGGAAAAUUCGGAAAAGGUUUCGUUGUUGGAACCAUUCUCGGAGGACCCGUUGGUGGAAUUGUGGGUGGACUACUUUGUGUAAUCUUCUGUUCUGAUCCUCCUCCUCCAAAUAAUCCGCCAAGCUUUGAUUCCUGCUAUGGUCCAGAGGACCAACUUGCUGAUUCAGAACAAACAUCAACUGCUGUUUCAUGGCCCACUCCUUCCGCCUCGGAUCCGGAAGAUGGAUCUAUACCCACGUCAUUAGUACAAGGAAGCCCACCCGGAAGUGUCUUCGAGCGUGGAUCACACACUAUUAUAUAUGCAGCAUCGGACAGUAAAGGCGCCUCCACUCACUGUUAUUUCUCUUUCAAGGUGACAGUGAUUACUUGUGAUCCUAUCGUAUGGCCGUUGAAUGGAUAUGUUCGAUGUGACAAACCGGAAUUCAUCUACGGAUCCAAAUGCUCUGUGUACUGUUUCGAAGGGUAUGAAAUGGUGUCUAAUUCUACAGUGGAAACAAAUCGAAUCAUGUGCAGCAAAACAAGUGACAAUCAGCCAACUUUGGAUAAAACUGUCCCACAAUGUCAUGCGAUUACCUGUCCGGCGAACGCCUCCGCCCUAAACCCAGAAAACGGACAAGCUGUAUGUACACACAGCAACCACAAGUAUGACAGUGCUUGUAUAACUCAGUGCAACAGCGGGUACAGCUUAUCAUCUAGCCAGCUGUUUACAUUUUGUCAAUUUGACAAACAGUGGUCUUCUGCACUCCCAAAUUGUAAAGAUAGCGAAUCACCCGAGAUGAGCAACUGUCCAAGUACAAUAUUUGCAUAUACCGAUCGAAACAGCCAAUUCACAGUUGUUAACUGGUUGGAACCGACUGCGACAGACAACAGUGGAUCUGUAGAUGUAUCGAGGACGAAAGGACCCGCUCCAGGGUCCACCUUUCCUCUUGGAUUAACGGAGAUUAAGUACCAGGCCAAAGAUGAUGAAGGGAAUGUGUCUCCAGAAUGUGUUUUCUUCGUCAAUGUAGAAGACAUUCGCUGUGAUCCACCAUUAAUCGUGGACAAAUAUCUGUUUUAUCAAUGUCCAGAUGGUUACACGUUUGGCUCCACCUGCCAAUUGAACUGCAUGGGAAGUUUUCCUCUUAUUGGUAAUGACACGAUCACAUGUGAAAGAAAUGAGAGUUACACCCCGCCCCGUGGGUACUGGAAUAUGGAUGACGUCGAGCCAUUUUGCCAAAAAAAUCCCUGCGAUAAACUUCCGCCACCAGAAAAUGGCGCAAUUAUAUGUGACACCUGGUUAUUUGGAAUGCAAUGCCAAAUGCAGUGUUCCGAUAAGUAUGACAUACCAUAUGGUGCAGUGGGCUCCAAUGGCGUUCCAUUUACUGGACGCUUUACCUGUUCUGAAUCUAAAGGAGAGUAUACACCAUCUAAUACAGUGCCCGGAUGUACACAACUCCGUAGACCCGGAAUGACUACUUUAAUCGGAGAAUUCUUUUAUUACACCGGUGACUGUAACGAUCCUACUGUUUUGGACGAAAUCAAACAUAAUUUCAUCAAUCAGAUGCAACUCCUUGAAGCCCAAGGAUGGAAUGGUGUGUGUCCAUCACAAAUUGACUGCAAUGUCAAUAAUACAGAGGUCACGUGUGGUCCUGUAAACGGUAAGAAGAAGCGUGACGUUUUUAAUAUCCUCCGGGGAAAAAGAAGUACCCAUGAGAUACGGGUUGAGGUAACAAUGACAACAACAUGGUACGAUUUUAAUUCAACUGGAGCAACAACCUUCUAUUUCCUUGAAGACGUCCAAAAGAACAUGUUCAACGUAAUAAAAUCGGUUGCGUCCAGUGGUGAUCUAACCGUUGGAGGUAUGGUUCCAGACACUAACAGUUUUGCAAUUGGGUGGAGUGAUCCGAAUUGCCCGGAGGGAUCCAUCGUGAGGUGGUCAACAUUGACAUGUGUUCCAUGUGCUCCCGGAACAUACCUUGACAAGUCAGAUCCAAUAAAUCCAACGUGUAGAAAUUGUCCGGUAGCCACAUUCAAAGAUAACGAUGUUGAUACUAGUUGUACUCCAUGCCCGACAGGGACAUCAACAUUGACCACUGGGUCUGAAAACACCACUGAUUGUUUACGAAAAUGCAAACCUGGGGAGUAUUCAACCACUGGUCUAGAGCCCUGCCACCUAUGUCCACAGUCAACCUAUCAAAAUGUAGAAAAUUCCACGACAUGCAUAGAGUGUCCGGCUGGUCACGCCACGACCUACCCAGGAAGUACUACCUCUAGUAACUGUUCAUAUUUUGACAUAGUGCUUUCUACAGCUAACUCUGUAGUGUUAUUUGAAAAUCCCUCUUCCGAUCAAUCUACAGCAUUUUCUUUGAUGACAUGGAUUUUUCCUUCUCUGACGAAGACUAACUUUAGCUUGUUUCAAGUCGAUUCGGCAACGGUUUCAAUUAACGUACACUACACAGAUAAAUUGGUUGUGAACAUUAACAGCAACAUUGUUGAUGUUGGUGUUACAUUUUCGCCAAAUUUAUGGUCACAUCUUGCUGCCCGUGUCAACUCCGUAACGUCAUCAAUGGAUAUAUUUGUAAAUGGUGUCCCCGUGUUCCAAACGUCUAUUUCUGGAUAUGUAGUGGUCGGAACUUCAAUAAUUGACAAUACGUCCAAACUAAGCUUGGGAUUAUAUGAAGACUCCAAGACAGGUUACUCAUUGUCGGGAUAUCAAAUUGAGUUCACUGCAUUAUCUGAUACUGACAUUGUUAAUAUUGCCAACAAGUCUUGUCAGAUUACGAGAACACAGGCGCAAAUUACAAUGGACGAUUUGAAAAAUAUUACCAACGUAUUUGGGAACAAGAUUACACUUCAAAGUCCGAGCCUGUGUGAUAAUAUAGAUCAGUGCAUUCCAAAUCCCUGCAAUGGUCAUAGAUGUCAAGACAAAGCGAACGGCUACAAAUGUUUGUGUUCCAGUGGAUAUCAUGGAGAAAACUGCCAAAAUCAACCAGACUACUGCAGAUACAAUCCAUGUAAAAAUGGAGGCGUGUGUGCCACUACCGAAUUUAAUUUUACUUGCACAUGUCAGGAUGGAUAUAGAGGAGGAAUAUGCGAAAUCGAAACAGUUAAUGGUGGAUGGAGCGCCUGGGGGUCGUACAGUGAAUGUUCAGCGUCUUGUGGAGGGGGGCAUAAAUCGCGAUCUCGUCUUUGCAAUAGCCCAGUUCCAGAUCCCGAUGGCAUUCCCUGCAAUUCAACAGAAUCUAAUGAGACGAUAGAGUGCAAUACUGAUGCAUGCCCAAGUUGUCCCUCCAUAAAGAGAGGAUUUGGAAAUGUCCUCAACUGCACAGACACGACAGAUUCACACAGGUUAUGUACUGUGAGAUGUCGAAAUGAUUUAACGUUCAUGUCAGGAAAUUUACCCCUGUCUGUGUAUAUCUGUGGAAGAAAUACAUCGUACGUAUGGAACGAUGACCCGCCUUCCUGUGGAAGAAUAUUCAGUCCUUCUAGGAUAUCGAUAGUUUCCACUGCAAGAUACAGGACCUCCAUUCCGUGUGUCAGUGCGUCCACUGCUGCUGCCAAUCUUAAGAGUAGUAUGGAACAUAACCUUCAAUGUUCAAUGAACCGUACCUGUUCAGUUGAUGUAAACGUCCCAGGUUGCUUGGCAUCAGGUCGCCGACGACGACGCUCGACAACAUCCGACACACAGACAAUCACAUUGUCGUACAAUCUUACUGCUGGGGACAACCUAGACUUACAAGUGUUUUAUGAAUCCAAUACUGUGAGCCAAAACCUCCAGGAUUUACUUUUGGGUGUGUCGGAGCUAGAAGCAUCAGCAAGUCAAAUCAAUAGUUCGCAUAGUAUUUUGUUGUUUGAAUUGAAUGGGGUACAAUAUACAUCAGAAGCAGUGUCAACAGAGGCCAUCGUAGAAUGUUCUACUGGGCAGGGCAGACAGGAGGCGUUUUGCAUCGUCUGUCCACCAGGUACGCAUGCUCAAUCGAAUUCAUGCUCACUGUGUCCUUCGGGUUCGUAUCAAGACGAGGAUGGUCAAACAUCUUGUAAGCCAUGCCCAGAGGGAUUGACAUCGCCAACAGAAGGCAGUCAGAAUAUCUCAGAUUGUUCAGUACUUGCAGAAUCAACAAGUGCUACAUCCCUUACCUCGACAACUACGGAUUCUCCAUUAACAACGUUACGGGAAACAACAACGCCUUCUAAAACAACGACACUAACAAGCAUGCAUUCUCCAUUAUCUACGACAUUUGCAACAGCUACAACUUCUCCAUCAACAGAAAUAUCAUCAACAACAAUGAUUUUUCUACCAACAUCAGCAACCACGUCUCUUAUUUUAACAACCACGCCUUCUCAAUCAACAACAAUGUCCUCAACAACCACGCAUUCUCCAUCAAAAACGACGCCUUCUUCAUCAACAACAUCAACAACCACGCCUUCUCCAUCAACAACACCAUCAACCACGCCUUCUUCAUCAACACCAACAACCACGCCUUAUGCAUCAACAACAUCAACAACCACGUCUUCUCCAUCAACAACGACGCCUUCUUCAACAACAUCAACAACCACGUCUUCUCCAUCAACAACGACGCCUUCUUCAUCAACAACAUCAACAACCACGUCUUCAUCAACAACGACGCCUUCUCCAUCAACAACACCAACAACCACGCCUUAUGCAUCAACAUCAACAACCACGUCUUAUGCAUCAACAAUGACACCUUCUCCAUCAACAACGACACCGUCAUCAACCACGGUUUCUGUAUCAACAACUACACUAUCAGCAACCAAUUUGCUUUCAUUAUCAAGAACACCAGUGACAUCAAUAUCAUCUAAUAUGCCUGAUACAACACUUGAAUCAACUUAUGCACCAACAAAAACAAUAAAUUCAAAGAGAACAUUUCAGGAAGAUGAACGUACAACAGCUCUUGCAGUUAUAAUUACGUGUACGAUAAUUGUAAUCGUGGUAUCAACAAGUGCACUGAGUAUACUGGUAUAUAAAAAAUGGCAGAGAGCUCGACAUCGAAUGAAUCCAAACUUGGUAGGAAGUUGGGUAAGCCUAAAUAUGGUGAAACCACAACGUCUUGGCAUGCCCUCAAAGCCAAUCUUCAACAAAAAAUUGCCGUUCAGUGACCAAGAAAACUGGCUUUCAAAGCCAGAAAUAUAACGCAUGAUAGGACAUGUAAUUAAACACUGAGUGUUUCAUUGAUGAAUUGUGUCCCUCAUGCAGUUAGGGCUUUGUGUUUUGAGAGUAUAAUGAGCAUGUGCAUGUAUAAUGUAUAAGUGUGAAAAUCCAAAAGCAAACACUCACGCGCAUUUAAAUAUGCACAUGUAUGGAUGAUUCUCAGUGACCAAAUCAGAAUCAUGUUCAACUCAAUUCAAUUUCCAUGGACUAAGUUGUAUGAUUUUCUAUGCACCUGUUUUGUUACUUAACCUUAUUCUUAUGUAGUAUGUAUUCUCCUUCAACUCCUCGAAUCAAUUUUGGACUCGUACAUAGUGUGCAAGUUAGAAUAAUGAUUGUCGUUUCAUGUAAUGCUCAUAAAGCCCUUAUAAGUUUUUCUUAUUUAUCAAAACAUGCUAAAUUGAAAACAAAAUAUAUUUGUGUGAUGAUACUGUUUACAUUUAACGAAAAAUAUAUUUCUGUUUUUCAGUUUAGAUUUGAUUAUGAAUUAUUUUUCAGUGGAAGUUUUCUAUUUUGUCUUUUGGGUAUCAAAGAAAGAUGAAUGUGUAAUGCGGCUCAGAUAAAAAGUUCCUCGCAAUAUAUUCAUGCGCACUUUGCCUGAUGACGUAGGAAUCUGAACUAAGUUCAACUACCAAAAGUAAAACAAACAAACCUCUACUUACAUUCAAGAAUUGCAGCAAUUAUGAUUGGCUCUUUUGUUUCAUGCACUACUAUUUGAUGUUCCGUGUGUAACGAAUAUUGUACAACUUCUUUAUGCAUGCAUGCAUCAUCUCUAGUAUCUGAUGAUACAUAAAUCCACACUAUGAUUGUGAAGAUAGCAUACAUGAUAUGUUGGAUGAAUACCCCAUUAUAUCCAUAUCUCUAAUUGUUUAUGUAUGUAUUACGAUUCCGAAUUUCCUCUACGAAACGAACCCAUUUACACCCAUCCAUAUUACAAAUGGAUGAAAUAAUAACGUAAACUUACCUAUUUCUAUAAAGGCAUCAUUCUAGGACUUUAUUCACCCAUCCGUAAAAUAUAACACCUUAUAAUUGCUGUAUAAGAGCCCCUUUUUCAUUAUGAGCAUUUUGUGUACUUCCCUUCGAAUAUGGCGCCAAUUCGUUCGGUAGCGUACGAUUUGCGCGUGGUUAAGUUCGGCCCUGCCAGACGUUAGGUAUGUAAACGCUGGCAGAGAGGAGAUCGGGUAGUACCAUCAUGGAGCCAUCAGAGCCCACAAGAAUGGUAAUUAUUUUAUAGAUAUAACCCGAGUAUAUAGGUUGGGUAAGUCUGAUGCCAUUUCAUACCCAGUACAUUUGGGUCCCCCAUCAGUAUUCCAUUCAGUUUAGACACGUUGGGUAAAUUCCCAACGUCAUUGGGUAUAUGUAGUUUUGUUGGGUAAAUUCCCAACGUCAUUGGGUAAAUUUUAUACCCACAGAAGAUACAAAUCAUUAUAUGUAAUAUAUGAAUGCUAUUUCAUGUUUGAUAUAUUUCAUGCAUUUACAAUAAUUAGUAAAUUAAUUCCAAUCUAAUAAAUUCAUAGAAAAUCCAA